AUGCGGCAGAGGACCCCGAACGAGUCGCGGCGGGCAUGGGCGAUGAGGCCGGAGCACGAGAUCCCGUUGCCGGUGCGAUUCGGGCCCACCAUCAGCUUCUUGGCGUUGGGCGUGUCCGCCUUCUGCUUCUCUCCGCACGACCGGCUCCCGCUGAUCAGGAAGCCCUUGGCCCCGCUCCUCCUGAAGGGCGGGCUGCUCCCGCUCAUGGGCAUCAUGGUGGCGGGCUUGGCUUGCCAGAAGGACCCUAUCGCGAAGCUCUUCGCUCGCGCGCCCUUCAGAUGGACCGAGAAGGUGUGCCUCAUGACGUUCGUGCUUCAGGCGCCCGUCCACUACGGCGUCCAGCACUGGACCAGGCGGAGCGGUCUGACGUGGACGUUCGCGACCAGCUUGCUGGUGGCCUCGAUAUUGGGCCACGCCUUUCUGGAGCAGCCUUGGCGCACCUUCCUGGGGGUACGUGCGAAGUGA